UGGGGACCAGCCGUCCGCCACAUCUUCACCCUUCUGGGCGCUGCUGGCGCUGCUGCAGCGGGAGCCCGGUAUGGGGUGGCUGCCGUGUAGUCUGAGUGGCUGCGCCGGAUCGUGGGGUCCCAGUGAAGCGGAGGCUGGCAGCAGGGAAGGAGCUGGUGAACUCAACCAAGUUCCUGUGAAGCAUCCCUUGGGCCCUUUGCCCCUGAAGGCUCUGCUGUUACUGGAGGACUCGGGAGAUAGCCAGUUAUGGCAGGUCUACCAUGAGGGCCUGAAGAAUUUCCUUGCCUUUAGAGAAGGCAUGGCUCUAUCUGCAGUCUGGCCAAUUCCAGUGGAUCAAGUGAAAGAGUUCUUGGUUGUCAUGGAGUCCCAGAAUCUGCCUCCCACAAAAAUAAUAAUGUACAUGGAAGGACUGUCCUUCAUCUCCAGAAUGGUAGAUCAUUCUGAUCCUCUUAAAGAUCCUGUUAUCAGUCACAUGAUAUCAAGGUUGAAACAUGUGACUGGCUCUUCAGAUGAUAAAUAUUCCCCUGUAACUAUUGAAGUGUUAAGAUCUCUCCUGGGGACUCUGGAAUCUGUGUGUAGCUCUCCUUAUGAGUGCAUAUUGUUCCACGCCAUGUUCACUGUAGCUUUUUUUGGUGCUCUCCGUAUAGAAGAGAUGGUGGCAAAUCACCAAAAUAUAGCACACCCAGUGCUCCUGUACUUGAGAGACCUGCAGCUGACUGAAGGGAGUGCAGUCCUUUGUUUACAUACAUCCCAUAUGGGCCGAGAGAGGUAUUUGAUCCACCUGAGGUUAUCUAGAGAGAUGUGGGUAUGUCCUGUCGAAGCUCUCCGUCUCUAUGUGGCGGCACGGCCCCAGGGAGAGGGCCCUCUCUUCGUGCACUCAGACGGUGUGCCUGUGACAAAAAGGGAAUUCCUAACUGUCUUCCGCCGUGCUCUCAGGCUUGCUGGACUUCCUCCCAACCAGUAUGGUGUGCAUUCCUUCUGUCUGGGAACUGUUGUAACCACUAUCUGAUAGGAUAUUCUGAUGUAGCUAUUAACAGAAUAGCAAAGUGGUGGUGGAGAUCCUGAAGAAGACAUAUUUCUGUUUAUCUGUUAGGCUUCCAUAGUAAGAGGUAUCUUCUGUCUUGCAGGAAUGAUACACUUUACAGAGCACUGAAACUUUAUAAAGUUACACAGAGGGGGGGUAACUAGUACGAGGUGACUUUCCCCACCUGUGAUGGUUUUGAGAAUGGAAUAUCAUGGUUUCAAAACUGCUGUGACCUGUGGGUCAGUGUGCAUACUGUUCAGCAUGGUUCUAAUUGUAUUUUGACCUUGUAUGACUAUUAAACUGCAUUUUCUUUCAA